UUUUCAUUAACCCGUGAUCGUUUUCUUUUGCUCUCUAGAGAAUAUCCCGGUUUCUGGAAAACCGAAAUAUUGUGGAUUGUUCGAUACGUUCUCUGCACACAAAGGUUUUCCGGUAGGCAAUCGGAGACGGCUGUUGGAUCUGAAGGGAAAAUGGGAGCAAUUCAUGAAGAAAUGAAGAGAGUGAGGAAACUUCCACCAAGCAGUGCAUAUGCUACUCAUCGGAUGCGCGUCCUAAACAAAAUCCUGCAACUUCUGUCGAUUCAGAGAACCACUUCACAGGAUGACGAGUUGGAAUUACUGUUUUCUGGGCUCUCUCUUGGAUGAUAAAGAAGCAAAAGUCAUAUUUCAGCGGUGGCUUUGUAAUGCUGCUUAAAUUUUUGGUUGGUCUGGAAGUUGAUCAUUGAAGAGUAUGGUUUCAAAUCUGAUGACGUUCCUUUUACAUUGCCUCGGAUGGUAUAAUGGGGAAAAGUGUAAAGGUUUGUGUUGGUUAUGGCUUUAGGAGGUGUAUAAUACGCAAGGAAGUUUCACACACUAGUAUCGUAGGUGUGUUUGCCUGCGUUUUAUAAUGCAUUUUUCUGCACAUGGAAUUUGCUGUUAUGUUGUUUGCAUCACAAACAAUGCCUCUACUAUAACUAGGUAAUGUUUCAAGUCUUGCAUAUGUGAGCCAAGCGACUGUACGUCCUACUAUAUGAUAUAAUAAAUUCAGCAAACAGGUCUAUACAUUUAAAGUUAUUAUACAAGUCGGUUCUAGGUUUGGUUUAUAGAUUUAAUAAAUUGUAUGUUUGAUUUGAUUUGGUUUAUAGAUUUAAUAAAUUUUUGUAGUUUUCAGUUUUUAUAAGUGGAUUCAGAUUGAACCAACAAACACCUCAGUGUGUAGUUGGAGUUGAAUUUUAUGAAGUUUUAUUAUAUUUUUAUAAUGUAUAGAUGUGGAAAUAGUUCUUUUCUGUUCCCUUUUCUUCCCUUGUGGUCAAGGAAACACAUUGCCUUAUAAA